UUUUUGACACCUACUCACAGUUUCCUUUGUGCGAGUUGGAAGGUAGUGGCGGUGGGGUGUGCAGCCCCCGUCUGACAGUUCAGCUUUUACCUCUGCACAGGGACAAUGAUUCAAAUCUUCUGCAUCAUAUUUUUCUUUCAGUUGUUCUCUCUAAAUGGGGCGACUGAGAGCAGCAUCUUCGGUGGUAAAGUUUCAAAGCCUCAUUCCAGACCCUACAUGGCAUCGCUCCAGUUUAAUGGACACCACUCAUGUGGCGGGAUCCUCGUCCGGGACGACUUCGUUCUGACAUCAGCUCACUGCAAACGCCCUGAGACGAUGGUGGUGGUGCUCGGCGCACACAACAUAAGCAAGAAAGAAAAAACUCAGCAGCAUCUCGAAGUAGCAGAUUACUUCCCACAUCCAAAGUACAACGGACAUGUUUAUGAUAUUAUGCUACUCAAGUUAAAAACCAAAGCAAAACUGAACAAAUAUGUGAAGCCCAUUGGAUUACCUAAGAAACACGGGAAAACCCCCGCCAAUGUAGCAUGUGUCGUUGCUGGCUGGGGCCAAAGAGCAGCCGAGGGGCCUGCCUCACAUGUACUGAGGGAAACCACGGAGAAGAUUCAAUUCGGCAUGGAAUGCGAAUAUAUCUGGCAGAAAUACUUCAAUAAUAAUCACAUGAUAUGCACCAAGUUUGACAAAAAGAAGGGAGGAAUUUGCCAGGGGGAUUCUGGCGGACCGCUGAUCUGCAACAGCAAACCUCAGGGUAUCACAGCUUUUACUGUCGAGAAGGACUGCGACAAUCCCAAGUAUCCCCAUGUCUUCAUGAACCUACAUUUCUUUCUUCCCUGGAUCAAGAAAACCAUGCAGGGGUAGGGGAAUGUUAUAUGAGCCACUAUUCAGAGGCCAAGACGUUAUCCCUUUCUUCACUUGAUUAUUAACGCAGCUUAAUAAAGCAAAAUUCAAAUUAAUUUAGCUUGAAAAAGGAAACUGGUAUAUGUGAAUGUUUUGCAGAGGUAUGAAAAAAAUUAAAUAAAAUCACAGCUGCUUGUAUUAAAGAGAAGAAGAAUUUUUGGAAUAUAUUCAACCUAACAUCUUGCUGUACAGUUAUAGAAUGUGCCUGUGUCCUUUCAUUCAUUGCUCGAGCUCGUCUUUGCAUUCCUGCAACUUCCUUUUUGAAAAAUCCUUGUGCAGGUUUUGUCAACUAUGUACAUAUUCUUUUCUUUAACUCAUUUAAAAACUCUAUUUUCAUUAGCAUAGGUCUGAGUCAUUUCUGGGUGAAAGUGUGUGUAAGACUGAAUGGCGUGAAGGAGAAAUGGCGGUGUAGCAGACGAGGGCAGAUAUCGAAAGUAUUUCAGUUAGUGUGGUGGUUGUGGUGGAGAAGCCCACACACGCACUCUGAAUAAACCCCCCAGGCCACUGCUGCAGCGCUCAUUGCUUGUCAGUCAUAGUGCAAACUUUUGAAGUUGAAGCGUUUUCUGUCAGUGAAACCCGUCAUCUGCAGAGAGAGGAAACAAAAUGUUUAGAAGAAACAGCUCACCUUAAAAUUACAUCUCAGUCCUCAUUAAGUCAGUUUCUAAAAUAAAUAAAGUCUGAAAACUCACCUGA